AUGAGCAUGAGCCGUAUUUCGAUCCAGCGACUGGCCCAGCUGCGUGGGGCAUCAUCGGCUUGGUGCGCUUCAACGCGGCUUGUCGGCCCCUCGGGGACUCGCCCGACGACUCGGGAUGGUAUCCGACGCACGAGCACGGCAGCAGCAGCUCUCGCGGGUCUGCAGUCGCGGAGGCUGUUCGUCAGCACGGCGCAGCGACGAAAUGAGGCCGAAGACGAGGAGGACACGGGGAGCUACAGCGAGGCCGACCACGAGCAUGCCGUCAUCUCGACCUUUGACCUGUUCUCCAUCGGCAUCGGCCCGUCGUCGUCCCAUACCGUCGGGCCCAUGCGCGCCGGCAACAUCUUUGUCGCUGACCUGGCUGAGGCGAACCUGCUGCACAAGGUCAACAAGAUCCGGGUGUCAAUCUACGGCAGCCUGGCGUUGACGGGCGAGGGCCACAUGACGCCCUCGGCCCUGCUGCUCGGUCUCGAGAGCGCCGACGUGGAGACGGUCGACACCGCCUACGUGCCCGAGAGGUUCGCCGAGAUCAAGAACACGAAGAAGCUGUUCCUGGGCCAGGGGCUGGGCGGCAAGGGCAAGGAGGUUGCGUUCGACUACGAGCGCGACUUCGUCUGGGAAUGGGGCCGGAAGCUGCCGAUGCACAGCAACGGCAUGCGCUUCACCGUCUUUGACGAAGAGGGCUACGUGCUGGCGACCAACGACAUGUUCAGCGUCGGCGGCGGCUUCGUUGUGAACGGCGCCCUGUCCAUCAACCCUGAUGCGACGCCGUCGUCUUCUUCCUCGGCGACUCAGUCGGAAUCGCCGGACGGAUCCGCGGAGAGCAGCACCGGGAAGCACCCGGCCGAUCUGGCCGAGAACAUGUUCUACAAGGAGAUCAGGCGAUCCGAUGCCGCCGGUGACCGUCGGACCGGCGCCGAGGUCAAGCCUCUCGAGGAGGCAAAGGACGACACGAUGCUGCUCGAGGGAGCACAGGACGGCCUCCCCCCCGUGGCAUCGACGUCAACCGGAACCGGUAUCGGUGACGCAGAGAGCGGCGAGGCGUCGGAAAGCGAGACUUCGGGUCCCCGCUACCCCUUCAGAGAUGCGACGAGCCUGCUGGCGCUAUGCCGCAAGCACAACCUCACCAUCGCUCAGGUCGUGUACGAGAACGAAAAGAGCCACGGAUACACGGACGAGGAGAUCUACCACAAGCUCUUCAAGAUCUGGCAAGUCAUGGACACCAGCAUCCUCGAGAGCGUGCAGGCGCCGCUGGACGCGAAGCUCCCGGGAUCGCUCAAGCUUCACCGACGUGCCCCGGCGCUGUACCGGAGGCUGACCCGAGGGUUGUACUCCACGGCCGGCCACACGUCCCCGAACCCUCUCGACAACGGAGCCGGCGACAAGGCUUCUUCUUCUUUGCCGGGCGCAUCGUCGGGAGCGUCAGUCCCCGCGGCGUUGAACAAGUCCAAGGGCCAGGGCCUCAGCAUCGGCCGCCGCCAACCGCCUCGCAUCAUCGGCUCGCUCGACCAUCCCAUCACGCCCUCCCCCGCGCGCCGCACCACCUUCCCGACGAUGGACUACCUGACGGUCUACGCCAUCGCGGUCAACGAGACGAACGCGGCCGGCGGGCGCAUCGUGACGGCGCCGACCAACGGCGCGGCCGGCAUCAUCCCCGCCGUGCUCAAGUAUACCAUCGAGUUCAUCAGCGACGACCCGGAGCGCGACAUCCCGACCUUCCUUCUCACCGCCGCCGCCAUCGGCAUGCUGUACAAGCGCGGCGCCACCAUCUCCGCCGCCGAGGGCGGGUGCAUGGCCGAGGUGGGCGUCGCCUGCUCCAUGGCCGCCGGCGCCUUCGCGGCCUGCAUGGGCGCCAGCCCCGAGGCCAUCGAGCAGGCGGCCGAGAUCGGCAUCGAGCACAACCUGGGCCUGACGUGCGACCCGAUCGGCGGCCUCGUGCAGGCGCCCUGCAUCGAGCGGAACGCGCUGGGCGCCAUCAAGGCCAUCUCGAGCGCCAACCUCGCCCUGAGCAGCGAGACGGGCACGCAGAAGGUCAGGCUGGACGACGCCAUCCGGGCCAUGCGUCUGACGGCCAAGGGGAUGAGGAACGAGUUCAAGGAGACCAGCUUGAGCGGACUGGCGACGAGCGUGCCUUUCAAUAUCCCCGUCAGUGUUCCCGACUGCUGA